ACUCGCGGUGACGUCGAUUCGAGGCAGUGGUCGGCGCAUGAAUCACCUCGCAUCGUACUUUUCACCACUCCCACCUUUUCGCAACACCGUGUACCGCGUACGAAUACCGGUAACUAAUUCCGGUACCUCCGGUCUUCGUGUACUCACUACUCGUGUCUAUUUCGAUUUUCAGUAUGACAGUCUGUAUUUCUGCGAUUCCGUUGGUCGCCGUUAACUCGCCGCCCGUUCCCGUUUAACGACAUACAUAGUUAACAAUAUUACUGCGACCCGUGCCUACUGAUAUUACGGCCAGAGCACCGUCCGUUCACUUGUCCGCCGUGUACCUGUGUAGUCGACAUUCGAUAUCGUCGAUAAUAUACAAAUAUUACUAAAUAUUUACACGUUACAUUUUAGCAGGCGGUAUUAGUGUACUUUUGUUUUACAUACUCGUUUUUUCAACGUCGCACUUUCGCGUUUUGCACUCGACAUCACUCGGCCGUGCCCCAUACCGCGCAGUGUGUAAUAGUUACCCGUAAGUCACGAUGGCCGAAAAAGAAGUGAAAAAAUACUCUAUGGCCGAGGUCGUCGCAAAUGCGAACGCUACGAACCCGUGGAUCGUGAUCAACGACUCCAUAUACGACGUCACAGAAUUUCUAAACGACCAUCCCGGUGGCGAAGAGGUUCUACUGGAACAAGCUGGCAAGGACGCGACCGAGGAGUUUGAAGACGUCGGACACUCCAGUGACGCACGCGAAGUCAUGCAAAAAUACAAGAUUGGUGAACUUAUAGAAGAGGAUAAAAGACAAAAUAAGAAACCUGUGAAAAAACCAACACCUGUAUCAUCAAGUGCAUCUGGAGAUGAUUUUAGUCUUUGGAAAUCAUGGUUGCUGCCUUUGACGAUGGGAGUACUUGCUAUCUUUGUUUACCGAUACUUUAUUGCUUCAUAAAAGAUUAAAGUAAUUUAAGUUAAUCAUAAAGUUAUUAUUGUCAACCAAAGUUCUGGGUUAACUCACAAAUAUUGUCUUUAAGUCCCUUUUGUGUAUUUUGUCAGUGGUCAAUCAUUAAACUACAUUCCACUCUAUGUUUACUGUUUACAUAAUGUUUUCAUUAAUACAAUCACAAAACAAGAAAGAUUUGUAUAGUUUAAAAACUAUUAAAACUAAAUAUUACAAUUAAUAUGACCGAUUAAACAUAAAUAUAGUGGCUAGACAUGGUAGAAAUUAGUAAUUCUUGGAAUUUAGUAUUAUUAAUGUUUGAAUUUUCAAAAAUAUAUAUUCAUACAUACAAAAA